CUUGGUUCAGGUAAGAGGGCCUGGGUUGGGAGGCGGCACACCUAGGGGGGAAGCCGAGAGAGCAGGACGGAACCAUGGACCCCGCCAGGAAAGCAGGCUGCCGGACAGCGAUCUGGACAACAGGCUGGCUGCUGCUGCUGCCUCUGCUGCUUCGAGAAGGGACACAGGCCCUGGAGUGUUACAGCUGCGUGCAGAAAGCUGAUGACGGAUGCUCUCCGCAGAAGACUAAGACGGUGAAGUGCGCGCCAGGCUUGGACGUCUGCACAGAGGCCGUGGGGGCGGUGGAGACGAUCCACGGGCAGUUCUCGGUGGCAGUGCGGGGCUGCGGUUCGGGACUCCCCGGCAAGAAUGACCGCGGACUGGACCUGCACGGGAUUCUGGCCUUCAUCCAGCUGCAGCAGUGCUCCCAGGACCGAUGCAACGCGAAACUCAACCUCACCUCGCGAGAGCUCAACCCCGCAGGCAAUGAGAGUGCCUAUGAGCCCAAUGGCGCCGAGUGCUACAGCUGCGUGGGGCUGAGCCGCAAGGAGUGCCAGGGUACGGCGCCGCCCGUCGUGAGCUGCUACAACGCCAGCGACCACUUCUACAAGGGCUGUUUCGACGGCAACGUCACCUUGACGGCAGCUAAUGUGACUGUGUCCAUGCCUGUUCGGGGCUGCAUCCAGGAUGAGUUCUGCACCCGGGAUUCGGCGACAGGUCCAGGAUUCACACUCAGCGGUUCCUGCUGCCAGGGGUCCCGCUGUAACUCGGACCUCCGCAACAGGACCUACUUCUCCCCUCGAUUCCCGCCCCUUGUCCUGCUGCCCCCUCUCCGGUCCACCACUCUGGCCCCAGCCAACUCUGUCAGUACUUCCACCGCAGCCCCAUCUUCCACCUCUGCCCCCCAAACCACCCCAGCCCCAACCUCCACCUCCACCACCAAACCCACGGCAGCCCUGAGCAGCCAGACUACUCCACAAGAGGUGGAACCCGAGACCUCCCAGGAAGAGGAAUCUAGCUCGGCUGGAGGUGCUAGUGGCCACCAGGACCGCAGGCAUAUGGGGCAGUAUCCCGUAAGAGAUCACACCUAUAAUAAAGGCUCUGCAGCGCCUUUGGCGGGGUGGGCGGCUCUUCUGUUGGCUGUGGCUGCUGGCACCCUCCUAUGAGCUUCUCCACCUCUUGCCCUACUUCCUUAGCCCUGGGUACCCUUCCUUCCCGUUGCUCCCUUUCCCACCACUGGACUGGGCUGGCCCAGCCCCUAUUCUCCCCAGCUUUUGCUGCACUGGUUUGCGGCUUCGGGACAUAAAGUUACCAUUGUACAUAUCCUGCCGGAGUGUUCUAGCUUUUUGAGGGCAGCCACUGUAUCCCCCUCAUCUUUGUCUCUCCCCGGUCCUCCUGGUGCCUGGGACAGAGGGAAGUCAGAGCUGUCCCAAGGAAGGUGGGAGAGACCGUGAUAAGCUUUCUAUUCACUUUUUCACAGCCAGCCUGGACUAGGAGAGGUGGGGUCUGAUGGCUCCGCCCCCUGCCCCUCCAUUUUGUGGGAAUUGUUUUUUGGCAUCUUCUUUGUCUUCUUUUCUAGACUGUGAGCUCCUCAAGGGCAGGGACCCGUGCCUUAUGCCUCCGUGUGGUCAAUGUCUGGCACAUAAAGGCUUCAAUAAAAGUUCAGUUACUUUG